AUGUCGCCUCAAGAUCCACAGGCAACCGCCCUCCUCACCCACGUUCUCUCUCAGAUUGAGGCCAACGUCCAGUUCCUCGCGGAGCAGGGCUACAUCACGGCGGGCGAUGCGUCUGCCAUCCUCACGAAACUCCCAAACCCCGGCCACACAGCUCCAGCCCCAAGCGGUAUCAGCGCAAUCACGUCCAGGAUGUCGAACUUGAUGGGUGGUGGAAACAAUGCAUCUGCACCGCGCGCCGUGCCCCCGACGCCAAUGCCAGCCGCACCUGCGGUCCAGCAAUGCCGUGCUAUGUGGGCGUAUUCAGGGGAGGACACCAACGAUCUCCCUUUCGCCGCUGGUGAUAUCAUUGAGAUCGUGGACGAGACCAAUCCCGACUGGUGGACUGGCAGGGUGCAUGGCAAGCAGGGCAUCUUCCCGUCUGCCUAUGUGGAACGAAUUACACCACAGCAACAGGAAGGCCCUAAGAAGCCCUACAAGCCGUUCGGAGCAGCGUAUCAUGGCAUGGCCGCACCACCGCCCCCUGGUCAAGGGACCAACGCUGUGGGACUCCAGGAGAAAGAGGGAACGGAGGAAAAGAAGAAUAAAUUUGGAAAGUACAAGGAUACACUGGCCCACUCUGCUGUUGGAGGUGUCGGCUUCGGAGCUGGUUCUGCCAUCGGGGGUGGUCUCGUUCGUGCUAUCUUCUAG